AAAAGUCCAAACUGAACUAGAAAGCUCCUAAAAUCAUCGGCAUUCAACAGUGAUAGACAAGAAAUUCCGUGAUCAUCGAUUCGAUUCAUACCUAUAAUUAUCGUAUAAAGAGCUAAAUACAAGUGCAGAAAUCCCUAGGAAUCGGCAUGGAAGAAUUGCGCAUAUCUCCGGCCGAUCCGAGGGGGAGUCCGGGGAAAGAGCAGCAGGCCGCCGGCGUCGGAAUUCUUCUUCAGAUAAUGAUGCUCGUGUUAUCGUUUGUUCUCGGCCACGUCCUCCGCCGCCAUCGCUUUUAUUACCUUCCCGAAGCUAGUGCUUCUCUUUUGAUCGGUUUGAUCGUGGGUGGACUGGCUAAUGUUUCCAAUACGGAGAAUAGCAUUAGGUCAUGGUUCAACUUCCACGAAGAGUUCUUUUUCUUGUUCCUGUUGCCCCCAAUUAUAUUUCAGUCAGGAUUCAGUCUUCAACCUAAACCAUUUUUUUCUAACUUUGGCGCCAUAGUCACAUUUGCCAUUUUUGGAACUUUUGUUGCUUCCAUGGUCACUGGCAUUUUAGUAUACCUUGCCGGUGUAUCAUAUCUCAUCUACAGACUUCCUUUUGUCGAAUGUCUGAUGUUUGGUGCGCUUAUCUCAGCUACAGACCCUGUCACUGUUCUGUCUAUAUUUCAGGAGCUUGGUACAGAUGUGAAUCUCUAUGCUUUGGUCUUUGGAGAAUCUGUGCUAAAUGAUGCAAUGGCCAUUUCUUUGUAUAGAACAAUGUCAUUGGUGAGGAGUCAUAUGUCAUCAGAUCAAAACAUAUUCAUGGUGGUGGUCAGAUUUCUUGAGACUUUUGUUGGAUCAAUGUCAGCAGGGGUUGGAGUUGGAUUUACUUCUGCUUUACUAUUCAAGUAUGCUGGUCUGGAUAUUGAUAAUCUUCAGAACUUGGAGUGCUGCUUGUUUGUUCUAUUCCCAUAUUUCUCAUACAUGCUAGCCGAAGGGCUUGGUCUAUCGGGUAUCGUCUCAAUAUUAUUCACUGGAAUUGUUAUGAAGCACUACUCUUUCUCAAAUUUGUCAGACAAAUCUCAGAAAUUUGUAUCUGCAUUUUUCCAUUUAAUAUCAUCAUUGGCCGAGACUUUCAUAUUUAUAUAUAUGGGAUUUGACAUUGCCAUGGAACAGCACAGCUGGUCUCAUAUUGGAUUCAUCUUUUUUUCAAUUUUAUUCAUUGGAAUUGCAAGGGCUGCAAAUGUAUUCUCAUGUGCUUAUUUGAUCAAUAUGGUUAGACCUUCACAUCGGAAAAUAUCAAUGAAGCAUCAGAAAGCACUUUGGUAUAGUGGGCUUCGAGGGGCCAUGGCAUUUGCGCUUGCUCUGCAGUCGGUUCAUGAUCUUCCAGAGGGUCACGGUCAGACUAUAUUCACUGCGACAACUGCAAUUGUUGUUCUAACGGUUUUGCUGAUAGGAGGUUCAACAGGAACCAUGCUGGAAGCCUUGGAAGUUGUUGGUGAUGGUCAUGAUACCCCAUUGGGUGAAAGCUUUGAUGCAAACGAUCGCUACAUAGCUCCUACUUACGAGGGGGAAUCAUCAGCUGGAAACCGGUUUAGGAUGAAACUUAGUGAGUUCCGUAAAAGCACUGCAUCUUUCACUGAACUUGACAGGAACUACCUUACCCCAUUUUUUACAUCUCAAAGUGGCGAAGAUGAUGACCACGAUGAUAUAUUCAGCGACAAUGGGAGAGCAAGUUAUCAUUGAUCACAGACACGAGGCUGAUAAUAGUAGGCAAUUUUACUCAUCGUCCAUGACAGAUUGACUUCAAUAGUGGUUUAUCGAGUUGUGACAUGUGAAGAUUGAGAUUGGACUGCUUAAUGACACACAAACGUUGUAUCUUUCGUAGAAAUAUACUGCCAUAGGAUUGUAGAUUAGUCACAAAUUAGGAGUAGGACUGCUUCAUCAUUUGACGCCUUGUAAUAUCUGUAUAUGAAAUGAUUCACUGAGAGAGGAGUUCCUGGUUUCACUUGCCAACCAA